AUUGGAUACUCUCUCUUUUGAUUGGUUCAUUUUGGGUGUUCGAAGGAGCUGCGAAAAUGGCGGUUUUGGUAAAACCGGUUUCAUUGGAGCUGCACUUCUGGGUGAAGCAUCCGACGGUGCUGAAACCCAAACCUCUAGUCGUUCACUGUGUUUCCUCUCCGAAUGCCCCGGAAGCUGAUUCGGUGCCAGUCACUGACCCAUCUGAUCCUAAGAGCCGCGACCGGCGAAGAGUGGUUCGCAUCGCGUGGGAGAAGCUGGUUCGCUGGUCGCGCUCAUGGCGUGCCAAAGCCAAAACCGACGUUCUCGAGCGCACUCGCAAGGUCGUUGUUCUUGGGGGAGGUUCAUUUGGUACGGCAAUGGCUGCCCAUGUCGCAAGGAGGAAGGAAGGACUGGAAGUCAGCAUGCUCGUUCGUGACCCUAUUGUUUGUCAGUCUAUCAACGAGGAUCAUCGAAACUGUAAGUACUUCCCUGAGCAUAAGCUGCCGGAGAAUGUGGUUGCAACCUCUGAUGCCAAAUCGGCAUUGCUUGGCGCUGAUUAUUGCCUCCAUGCCGUUCCAGUGCAGUUCAGCUCGUCGUUUCUGGAGGGAAUUUCAGAUUACAUUGAUCCGGGGCUGCCUUUUAUAUCGCUUAGCAAAGGGUUGGAGCUGAAUACUCUAAGGAUGAUGUCUCAGAUAAUUCCCAAUGCACUAAAGAACCCUCGACAACCUUUUGUUGCACUUUCAGGACCUUCUUUCGCUCUGGAAUUGAUGAACGAGUUACCCACCGCCAUGGUGGUGGCGUCAAAAGAUAAGAAAUUGGCCAAUGCUGUUCAGCAGCUUCUAGCUUCUAGUUACUUAAGAAUAAACACAUCAAGUGAUGUUACAGGGGUGGAAAUUGCUGGUGCCCUGAAGAAUGUGCUAGCAAUAGCUGCAGGCAUUGUUGAAGGGAUGAAACUCGGUAACAACUCUAUGGCCGCUCUUGUUUCACAAGGUUGUUCCGAGAUAAGAUGGCUUGCCACCAAGAUGGGUGCAAAGCCAACAACCAUAACCGGUUUAUCAGGAACUGGAGACAUAAUGCUAACGUGUUUCGUGAAUCUCUCAAGGAACAGAACUGUUGGUGUCCGGCUAGGAUCAGGGGAGAAGCUCGAAGACAUACUAGGAUCAAUGAAUCAGGUGGCAGAGGGUGUAUCAACAGCCGGGGCAGUCAUAGCGUUGGCACAGAAGUACAAUGUCAAGUUGCCGGUUCUGACAGCAGUUGCUCGGAUAAUAGAUAGUGAACUGACCCCUAAUAAAGCUGUUCUUGAACUUAUGGGUCUUCCUCAGAUUGAAGAAGUAUGAGAUGAAGCUAACUCUUUCUCAAGAUUGCAGAGGUAGUUUUGUGGCAGAGCUCAAGCAUGUCCCAAGAACUCGGGAACUCUGUCAGUGUCUCCAUCUUUGUUUGGAAUGGAAAACUUCAUAAUUCUUUUAGAUUUUACCAAAUGAUUCAAUUAGAUUUCAUGAUGAUUGUCAAAAGAAUGAUAAUGACGUCUUCUACAAUUUCACACACACGCUGUACCUGACCGGUCUACCCUCCUUCGGAAAUAAUUAAAUCUCUAUAUAUACGUAAA